AUGCCGGGCGCACGCGGGGAGUACCUGGCGCCCUGGUGGGUGGUGUGGCUGCACCGGGCCCCGCACCUCAGCCUGCGCCUGCAGUGGGUGAACAGCACCUUCCGGCCCCGCGAUGAGGAGUACCAGGAGUCGCUGCUGUUCCUGGGGCUGGUGGCCACCUGCUGCCUGGGCCUGAACCUCCUCUUCCUCACGGCUUACCUGGUGUGCGCCUGCUGCCGCCAGGCCAAGCCGCGCCCGUCCUGCUGCGUCACCUGGCCGGCCGUGGUGGCCGGGCUCGCCUGCUGUGCCGCGGUGGGCGUUGGUUUCUAUGGAAACAGCGAGACCAACGAUGGGGUGUACCAGCUGAUCUACUCCUUGGAAAACGCGAACCACACCUUCUCCGGGAUCGAGGCGCUGGUGUCCGGAACCACCCAGACGAUGGAGGUGGACCUGGCGCGGCACCUGGCCCGGCUCGGUGAGAUCUUCGCCGCCCGCAGCGACUACCUCCAGGCCCUGAAGCUGGUGCAGCAGAGGGCGGCCGGCCUCGUCGACCAGCUGACGGGGGUGCCCGUGUGGACGGAGGUCAGCGCCCAGCUGACCUGGCUGGCUGACCAGACCGGCUACGUGGAGUACUACCGGUGGCUUUCCUACCUCCUGCUCUUCAUCCUGGACUUGGCCGUCUGCCUCUUCGCCUGCGUGGGCCUGGCCAAGCGCUCCAGGUGCCUCCUGGCCUUGCUGCUGUGCUGUGGGCUGCUGGCCGUGAUCCUCAGCUGGACGUCCCUGGCCGCCGAUGCCGCCGCAGCCGUGGGCACCAGUGACUUCUGCGCGGCGCCCGACACCUUCAUUCUGAACAUCACGGAGGGCCAGCUCAGCACAGAGGUGACCCGUUACUACCUGUACUGCAAUCAGAGCAUCAGCAGCCCCUUCCAGCAGGCGCUGACCGUCUUCCAGCGCUCGCUGACCGCCAUGCAGUUCCAGGUGGCGGGCCUGCUGCGCUUUGCUGUGCCCGUGUUCCCCACGGCGGAGGAGGAUCUGCUCAGCAUCCAGCUCCUGCUAAACUCCUCGGAGUCCAGCCUCCACCAGCUGACGGCCUUGUUGGACUGCCGAGGGCUGCACAAGGACUACCUGGACGCCCUUGCCGGCGUCUGCUACGACGGCAUUGAGGGCCUGCUCUUCCUGGGCCUCUUCUCCCUCCUGGCCGCCCUGGCCUUCUCCACCAUGGUCCGCGCGGGGCCGCCGGCCUGGAAGCGCUCUCCCGCCAGGGACAGAGACUACAACGACAUCGACGAUGACGACCCCUUCAACCCCCAGGCCCGGCGCAUCGCGGCCUACCUCCCCGCGCGGGGCCGGCUGCCCAGCUUCUGCAGCUACAGCGGCAGCCUGGACAGCCAGCCCGGCCCGCCGCCGGCCCAGGCCCUCUCCAACGCGCCCGUCUCCGAGUACAUGAACCAGGCUGCGCUGUUCGGCGGGAACCCGCGCUACGAGAACACGCCGCUCAUCGGGAGAGGCUCGCCGCCGCCCACGUACUCUCCCAGCAUGCGGGCCACCUACCUGUCCGUCGGGGACCAGCACCUGCGGCACUACGGGAACGAGUUUCCAGCCUAG